CUGUCAUAUUCGUAAUUCGCUAUUCCAUAUUUUCAAACAUUCAAAUACUAUUUAUAGGUAUAUAUAUUCUAUGUUUCAGUUUUCAAAUAAAUUUUGUUAAAAUUGUAAUUAUUUGUUUUUUUAACAAAUAGUAGAUUUAGUCCUUUAAAUUCAAGCAUUGUUAAUUAUUGAGUUCAUACCAAAACAACAUUUAAAUAACACAUAUGACCACGAUUAUUUUGUUUGUAAGCUUUGUAUACAAAGGCUUAGGUUACCACUGCCUUUAAGAUCUUCAUCUAGAAGUUUAUUGUUUACAGCUAGUAAAUAAAUUUAGCCGUUCCAAUUGGCAAUCAUUCAGAUUUAUGUAUACAAUUGAACUAAUAUUAUCUCGGUUAUAAUUUCAAUACAGCUUUUAAACUAUGGAAAAUCAAAUACGAUUUUUUAGUGAUAUUGUAAAAGAGGUAUUCAACGAUGAACAUGUUGAAAGUGAAACAUCUACAGAACAGGUACAGGUUGAAAAAGUUAUCUCCAGAAUUUAUAAGCUGUUUGAGCGUGAUGCAUCAAUUGAUCCAAACUUACCGAAACUCAGGAAAAAGGUACAUAGCAGAGUUUUAAAUUCAUGGCUAAUGACUUUGCCAAAAAAUUAUACAUGUUUGGAUGCAAGUCGGCCAUGGCUUAUUUACUGGAUUUUGCAUGCUCUAUACUUAUUAAAUGAUAUGCCUCAAGCUGAAACCCUUUCUGAUAUUGUGAACUUCCUCAAACAAUGCCAACACAAAGAGGGCGGGUAUGGUGGUGGUCCCUUGCAACACCCACAUUUGGGCACAACUUAUGCAGCCGUAAAUGCAUUAAGUAUAAUUGGGACAGAUGAAGCAUACAAUUCAAUAGACAGGAGCAAAUUACAAAAGUUCCUAUGGACUCUCAGGGAUGUGGAUGGUUCCUUUGCACUUCAUAAAGGCGGAGAACAGGACAUUAGAGGUGCCUAUUGUGCAGCUAGUGUAGCUAAACUCACAAACAUAUAUACAGAUGCUUUAUUUGACAAAACUGCAGAAUGGGUUGUCAGCUGUCAAACAUAUGAAGGUGGUUUUGCGGGUUGUCCCGGUAUGGAAGCACAUGGUGGUUAUGCGUUUUGUGGAAUCGCCUGCUUAGCUUUACUGAAUAGAACACAAUUAUGUGAUGUAGAUGCAUUGCUGAGAUGGAGUGUAAACCGUCAAAUGCGUUUAGAGGGCGGUUUCCAAGGAAGAACAAAUAAAUUAGUUGAUGGAUGUUAUUCUUUUUGGCAGGGGGCAAUAUUACCUAUAAUCAGUGCUAUUUUGUCACAAGAAAACAAACAAUUAAUAGAAACAGUUUUAUUUAACCAAGGUGCCUUACAAGAAUACAUAAUAGUUUGCUGUGAAGCACCAGAAGGGGGGCUUGUGGAUAAGCCAGGAAAACCUCGAGAUAUAUACCACACAUGCUACACACUGAGUGGAUUGUCAGUGGCCCAGCAUGGCACAGGAGCAGGAGAUGCUUUCGUCAUAGGGUCACCGACCAAUGAACUGAACAGAGUUCAUCCUUUGCACAACAUUGGACCACACCUUGUAUAUAAUGCAAUACACUAUUUUAUAAGACAUCCCCCUCCAGUGAAAGGUGAUGAAAAAUAAUUGCGUGUCAAAUCUUGCACAGUAUUUGGCGAUUGGUAUUGGCAUUUGUAUACAUCGUUCAGCAUACAUCUACAAAUUAAAAGAGAUUUUUCUAUAAAACAGAGAGAAGAGAUCUUUUCUAUAAUCUACUUGGAUCUACUGGCAGCUUUAGUUCAAAAUUCAUCAAAUAAAUAUGUGCAUACAUAAUACAUUCGACAGAUGUAGGUAUUUCAAUAUGACCUUGUAAGUUGUAAUGUAAAUGUUUUUGCAUUUGUAUAAAAUAAAUUUACUUUAUGUUGCAAUUAGCAUAAUAUAAUAUGUAAGUAAAUAUAAAGAUCCACUGGAGUUCGUGAUUUAUAUAUUAGGCAUGUUUUUUAUAUUAUAAUGAUCCAAGAAAACAUUUUGAUGUUUUUUUAAAAUUAACAGACAGAUAUGCUGUUUGACCCAUUGAGCCCCCAGCGCAGCGGCCCGAUUGGUCCACGACACAAUAGAUUUUCUAUUGUGUCUGUGAUUCCGGGGCUGAGUUAUUAAUGUACAAUCGCCAACUAUUGUUCUAACUUGUGUAAAUAAGUAAUACUAUUUAUUAGAAAAAUAUUAAUUUUAUCCAUA